AUGGCAUUAAAUACAUUAGUUAAUUCUGUUGAUAGAAAUAUUGUCUUUAAUGAUUUGUUAUUUUAUAUAAUCAACAAAAUUGAUAUUUUCGAUAAUAAGAACUUAUUGCAACGGAAUUGGGAAAGCAUGUUGAAAUUAAAGAAAAGAAAGCUUCAAGGUUCCAAAGCUAGCCCAAAAGCUGAGGUCGAAGAUAUUGUUAACUUAUUGAAAUUAGCAAAAGAAAAAGGGGUUUUUGAUAAAUUGCAUUUGUACUCGGCCGGGAGCCUGAAUUUUCCAGAUUUUUCUGGUAAAGAAACUAUCGAUGGUCAAAAUUUGUUUGAAAAGUUCAUGGUUGCCGUUAAACCAAACGACCAGAUUAUGCACAAUGAUAAAAAUUCAACAAGUACAAAAAUUGAUUCACUAGCAAAUUCCAUAGAAAAUCUUUCCGCUAAAUUUGAAAAUAUUAAAAUUCCUAUGGCGUCGCAUGAUACUUCCCAUGUUGCUCAGCACCAAAUGUCGUCACUACAUCAACGUCAGUUUCAACAACAGCCACAGCAUGAAUCAGAAUUUAAUGCUGAUGUUAUUGCUAUCACAGAAACAUGGCUUAAUGAUUCAUCCGCACAUUCAGAGCAGAUUAAAAAUUACAAUUUUUUAUUUAAAAAUCGCCUAGCCAGACAAGGAGGUGGUGUUGGAUUUUUUGUCCGUGAUGAUCUUAUCUAUAUAACUAGAGAUGACCUAACUUUGAUAAUGGAUGAUAUUGAAAUAAUGGCCAUUGAAAUUAUCCGUAAAUCUAAAAACAUUAUAGUGUUUGUGAUGUACAGGCCACCUAAUAUGGAUGCUUCAAAUUCUAUUGAACUCAUUCAUGAUUUCAUAAAUAAAACUAAACGAACAAAUAGAAAAAUUACCUAUAUCACAGGCGACUUUAACAUAGAUUUGUUAAAAAAUGAUUGUCGCAAUAUUCAAUUAGAUUUUUCAAAUAUGUUGUCAUAUAACAAUCUUGUACCAUUGGUCACAAAUCCUACGAGAAUAACUGAUCAUUCGGCCACCCUAUUAGACAAUAUAUUUACAAACGAUUUUAAUUCGCAUUUUUCUGGAAUUUUUGUAUCUGAUAUAUCGGAUCACUUGCCGAUAUUUUCAUUUUCUAAUUUUGAGAAUGAAGUUGAUAAUGUUGGUGGGUUUGACUAA